UCUGCCUCAGUGAAAAUGAAACAAACAUCCCCUCCGCCUCCGCGCCACCAGACACACACACACACACACACACGCACCCGCGCUCACGCACCCGCGGGCCGGCCUCCCCGCUGGCUGUGUCCGGGGCGGGACCGCCUUUGCACAAACACCCGCCGGCCGCGCAGAGCGGGGAGCGCGCCACCGGCUGUCGAGCGCUCGCCGGCUCCCUGGCGCCCGUGCCCGCUCGCGCUGCCCGCUGCCCCGAGGAGCGCCCGGCGGCCGGCCGGCCGGAGCGCAGCGGCACCCCCGCCCCGGCACGCACCGCCGGGCUCGGGCGGAGGCGGCGCGGCCACUGUGCGGGCAGCCGAGGGCGCCGCCGGGGCCGGGAGCCGAGGCGCGGUCCAGACUCGAGCGCGCACGGGUUCUGCGGAUCAGGAGUUGGAACACAGCACCUUCUUCCCAGCCCUGCCUCCUUCUGCAGACCGGAGCUCAAUAGCAAUUCCUUUUGUCUUUUACUCUGCGGGGAGAGGAGCAGACGAUGAGGAGAAAAUAAUGAACGUCAAAGGAAAAAUGAUUCUGUCAAUGCUGGUUGUCUCAACUGUAAUUGUUGUGUUUUGGGAAUACAUCAACAGCCCAGAAGGCUCUUUCUUGUGGAUCUAUCACUCAAAAAACCCGGAAGUUGGGGGCAGCAGCGCUCAGAAGGGCUGGUGGUUUCCGAGCUGGUUUAACAAUGGGACUCACAGUUACCAAGAAGAAGACAUCGACAAAGAAAAGGAAGACGAUGAAGAAGAGCUUCAGCUCUCCGACUGGUUUAAUCCACAGGAACGCCCAGAGGUUGUGACGGUGACCGAAUGGAAGGCGCCGGUCGUGUGGGAAGGCACUUACAACAGUGCCAUCUUAGAAAAUUAUUAUGCCAAACAGAAAAUUACCGUGGGUCUGACGGUGUUUGCUGUCGGAAGAUACAUUGAGCAUUACUUGGAGGAGUUCUUAACAUCUGCUAAUAAAUACUUCAUGGUUGGCCACAAAGUCAUAUUUUAUAUCAUGGUGGACGAUGUCUCCAGGAUGCCUUUCAUAGAGCUGGGUCCUCUGCGUUCCUUUAAAGUGUUUGAGAUCAAGUCUGAGAAGAGGUGGCAGGACAUCAGCAUGAUGCGCAUGAAGACUAUUGGGGACCACAUUGUGGCCCACAUCCAGCACGAAGUCGACUUCCUCUUCUGCAUGGAUGUAGACCAGGUCUUCCAAGGCAACUUUGGGGUGGAGACGCUGGGCCAGUCAGUGGCUCAGCUACAGGCGUGGUGGUACAAGGCAGAUCCUGAUGAGUUUACCUACGAGAGGCGGAAGGAGUCUGCAGCAUACAUUCCCUUCGGCCAGGGGGAUUUUUAUUACCACGCAGCCAUUUUUGGAGGAACACCCAUUCAGGUUCUAAACAUCACCCAGGAGUGCUUCAAGGGAAUCCUCCAGGACAAGGAAAAUGAUAUAGAAGCCAAGUGGCAUGAUGAAAGCCACCUAAACAAGUAUUUUCUUCUCAACAAACCCACUAAAAUCUUAUCCCCAGAAUAUUGCUGGGAUUAUCAUAUAGGCCGGCCUUCAGAAAUUAAGGUUGUCAAGAUAUCUUGGCAGACAAAAGAGUAUAAUUUGGUUAGAAAUAAUGUCUGACUUUAAAUCGUGCCAGUAGGUGUCUGAAUUUGAGAGAGUAUCAUUCUGGCUACUUCCUCAGAAAAGUAACACUUAAUUUUAACUUAAAGAAACAUACUAACAAAACACCAACAUGGCAAGUACAUACUAUUCCUCCUUGUAACUUUGAGCCUUGUAAUAUGGGAGAAUGAACCUAUGGUGAUCAGAUGUAAAUUCCCAGUGAUUUCUUAUCUAUUCUGGGUUUGGGGAAAUACUAUCAGCUGAGCCAAAAAGAAUUUGUCACGGGCAAAGAAAAGCCAGAAACACUCUACAUGUGCCAGAUAAUGUACUGGAGAAAAAGGUGCUCAGGGAAGUGUUGGGCAAGAAGAUAGAAUUGUCAAGGGUUUUCCCCUUGAUUUCAAUACCUUCCUGUCUUUGCUGAGUCUGAAGCAACAUAGAGUUGCUUUGCAGCAGGAAAACUCUCAGUAAGGACACAGUCCAUCUUGGCAAGCCUCAAAUGGUUUCAGUAGCAGACUGCUGCAGGCCGUUUGUAGUCCAUGUGCUUUUCUCAUCAGGAUGUUGUUUGGUUUCUGUGGGAAGGAUUGGUGGAGAUUCCCAAUGGAUACCAUGGUGGUGUAUCUUUGGAGUCACAGGGAAUCUGAAUGAGCCAGUGGGUGCUCAGCAUAAAGUGAAAACACAGCCUCAAAUUGAGUUUGCCAUGGAAUAUCAAAGAGUGGAAAGAGGGUCUGAUCAUGGUGGCGCAAUGCCACCUCAGAGGGGCACAGGGUAUGGGGCUGGCACUUAAACACAGCAUGGUCCCAGGAGCUGAAUGGGAGGCAGUGUAGGUGUUCUCCAGCCUCCUCGACCCCACAACACCCAGAGCAGUGGCGACAUGAAUGGAAGAUGCUUCUUCUUUUGCUCAAGUCACAUUCAGUCUGCCCAAGUCUGUAACCUAUGUCUUCAGAUCCUUGGCCAGAGGAAGUGGAUGGCGUCAGGGAAGGCAAAGGACUGCAGUGGAUUGAAGAGGCUUGCAAGGAGUUACAUUUCCUUGACCUGGGCUUCAUGACAAUCAGUCAUCAGCAAGUCCCACACCACCUGCUCUAGCCCUCAGGGUCCCUCAGCCCAUCAUGCCCCAAUUGGAGGGCUGACAUCACAGAGAGCAGCGGAGGAAAAGCCCUCCCAUCAAGUGACCUCUUGGUUUUCCUUGCUCCAUCUGCGCUACUGAAGUGUAACAACCAGAUGCAUUCAAUAAAAUGGUUAAUUGACUUUUUAUCACAAGUAGAGGGGAUGGCAGUCGGAGACCCAGUCCUCACGACUGAACAGCUUAACAUUCAGUUCCCUUCUUAGAGAAGCUAUGAAGUCCUACAUAUUAUUUAAAGUUAGGCAAUUCAAUGUAAAGGAAGUUAGGAGGCAACAUUUACAUAUGCAGGUAUAUUUAUAUUUUGCUUGGGUUCCAAUUUAGAACAUUUGUUUCCAUUUUCAAGCGAUUUAUUUGAAGAGUCAUUGCACUGGCCUGAUGUUCAGCACAAUGAGCUUCCUUGAUAAAAUGAAACCUACAUUUUCUCUACCGCUUUACUGUGCCUCCUACUCAAUUCUUGCCCCGAAAUCUCACAACCCAGCAACAAAACAAAACCAACGAAAAUGCUGACAAAAAAUAGACUUUAUAAAAGUUUUUAACUCAAGUUUUCUGGGAUCCACUCUGGAGUAGGGAGAGUUAAUGAUCCUGAACCAAAGAAAUGAUCUAUCAUAAAGAAAAGAGAAAAAGGGUUGGUGUUUGCUUUUGUGGAGUCUUGAUUUUUUUCAUUCCUUUAAAUUUAAAUCCCAAAUGGACAAACUCAAAAUCUCAUUAAUAGUUAUUCUUAAACCUUUAAGAAAUAAAAUUCCUGAUUUACAAUUGAAUAAAUUAUUUUUUCAGUA